GCGGGCCGGACGGGCCAGCGCUGCCCGAGCGCGGGGGACAUGGCCGCUGGCUCUCCGAAGGAGGAGCUGAAAGGGGCUGCCGGAAGGAAAUUCGAUGAUUCCGCUCGGACGGCUUCGUGCUGCCGCCAGGCCUUCGUUACGACCUCUCCCGCGUUGGACGACAGCCUGGCAUAUGGGGACGCCACCGUGAAGAAUGGCAACACCGCGUGGGACACGAAG